AUGGUUACUUUGGUGUCACAUAUAUCAAAUUAUUUCGAACAAUUUAAUAGUUCAUUAACAAAUGAUUUGAAAUCAACAACACAUGAUCUUUCAUCAGAUAAAACACCACUUACAUAUUAUGUAUUUGAUUUUGAACGAUAUAGUGAUAAAAUAAGUGCAUUACAUGAUUUACGUUUAUUUAUGAUUGAACGUUGGCAUAAUAGUUUUUUCUAUGCUAUUGCAUAUUUAUUAUUAAUUUAUGCUGGUCAAAUUUAUAUGAAGAAUAAGCCUCGAUUUGAAUUACGUUUUUGGUUAGCUGCAUGGAGUGCAUUACUUGCUUUAUUUUCUAUAUUUGGAGCAAUUCGAGUUUUACCAGAAUUGAUUUAUGUUAUUUAUAGACAUGGAAUAAAAUAUUCUAUUUGUAAUAAUUCAAAUGCAUUUGGUGUUGUAGGAUUUUGGACAUGGGCUUUUUGUUUUUCAAAAUUACCGGAAUUAAUCGACACAGUUUUUAUAGUUCUUCGCAAACAACCAUUAAUAUUUCUUCACUGGUAUCAUCAUGCAUCUGUAUUAGUUUAUUGUUGGUUUAGUUAUCAAGAUUACAGUUCAACAGGACGAUGGUUUUGCGGAUUGAAUUAUGUUGUUCAUGGAGUUAUGUAUUCGUAUUAUGCAUUCCGUGCUAUGAGAAUUCCUAUACCACGUUGGGUAUCAAUGAUAGUAACAUUACUUCAAUUAAUACAAAUGGUUGUUGGAUGUUUUAUUAAUAUUAAAGCCUGGGAAUAUAAAAAGAAUGGUGAAUCAUGUCAAGUCACUGAUGAAAAUUUAAAAGUAUCAUUUGUUAUGUACGGAACAUAUUUCGUAUUAUUUGCCCAUUUUUUUCUUGGUUCAUACAUCUAUAAAAAAUCUCAUGGAAAAAAUCAAAAAGCCAAAAAAGUCAAUUAG